AUGCAACAUCACCAAAAACAGUGGCCGGGGAGUUCUUUUGUAGCAGUGCAAGUUAAUAGUAUGGGACGAGUACACAAUGUCACACAAGCAUGCAUUAGAGAGUUAAUAGGUGUAUCUUUGCAUAAGCUGGAGCUUAGGUUUGGCGUUCUAGCUCUGCUGAUGCGAAAUCUUGAUGCACAAAGACUGUGCAAUGGCACCAGACUUCGUAUCAGAGAGCUUGGCAGUAAUAUUAUAAAAGCUACCAUUAUUACAGGAGCUGAUAAAGGAGACAGUGUUUUAAUUCCCAGCAUAUCUGUUAUUCCAAACAUCUUGCCAUUUUGUUUCAAGAGGUUGCAAUUUCCCUUAAAAUUGGCUUUUACAAUGACAAUCAACAAAUCCCAGGGCCAAACCAGGGCUUAA